CGGAGCGGCUCUUCUGCUCUGAGCGCCAGUGAGGCGAACAGCACCAUGACUGCGAACGCAUACGAUGUGAUUGUGAUUGGCGGAGGCAUCUCAGGUCUGAGUGCCGCCAAGCUGUUGGUGGAGAGCGGCCUGAAUCCUGUGCUCCUGGAAGCCAGAAAUCGCGUUGGUGGAAGAACCUACACUGUUCAGAAUAAGGAGACGAAAUGGGUGGAUCUGGGAGGAGCGUACAUUGGGCCCACUCAAAACCGCAUCCUGAGAAUAGCCAAACAGUACGGCGUGAAAACAUACAAAGUCAAUGAGGAGGAGUCUCUGGUUCACUAUGUGAAGGGCAAAUCACAUGCAUUCAAAGGGCCUUUCCCUCCAGUGUGGAACCCUCUUGCCUACAUGGACUACAUCAACCUCUGGAGGACAAUGGACAAGAUGGGGAUGGAGAUUCCUAAAGAAGCUCCGUGGAGGGCCCCUCAUGCUGAAGAGUGGGACAAGAUGACCAUGCAGCAACUCUUUGACAAGAUUUGCUGGACCAGGGCCGCUCGCCGCUUUGCCACUCUGUUCGUCAAUGUGAAUGUGACCUCUGAGCCCUAUGAGGUGUCUGCUCUGUGGUUCCUUUGGUACGUCAAGCAGUGUGGAGGCACUAUGAGAAUCUUCUCUACCAGCAACGGAGGCCAGGAGCGCAAGUUUGCCGGAGGUGCCAAUCAAAUCAGUGAGGCGAUGGCGAGAGAGCUGGGUGACUGUGUGAAGCUGGGCGGAGCUGUCUACAGCAUUGACCAGACUGGAGACCUCGUGGAGGUCAGGACAGUUAAUGAGGAAAUAUACAAGGCCAAAUAUGUUAUACUUGCCAUACCACCAGGGCUGAACUUGAAGAUCCAUUUCAACCCUGAACUGCCCCCUCUGAGGAACCAGCUCAUUCAUAGAGUCCCCAUGGGCUCAGUCAUCAAAUGCAUGGUGUACUACAAAGAGAACUUCUGGAGGAAGAAGGGAUACUGUGGCAGCAUGGUGAUCGAAGAGGAGGAAGCACCUAUUGGUCUCACUCUUGACGACACUAAGCCUGAUGGGUCUGUGCCUGCUAUAAUGGGUUUCAUCCUGGCACGAAAAUCCAGGAAAUUAGCAGGCCUGACGAAAGAGGAGAGAAAGAGAAGGAUCUGUGAGAUUUAUGCUCGUGUGCUCGGCUCAGAAGAAGCAUUACAUCCUGUGCACUACGAGGAGAAAAAUUGGUGUGAGGAGGAGUACUCUGGUGGCUGCUACACUGCCUACUUCCCCCCUGGUAUCAUGACACAGUAUGGCAGGGUCCUGAGGGAGUCAGUGGGCAGGCUGUACUUUGCAGGAACUGAAACAGCCACAGAGUGGAGCGGUUACAUGGAGGGGGCCGUGCAAGCUGGAGAGAGAGCCAGUAGAGAAAUUUUGUGUGCAAUGGGAAAACUCCAUGCGAGUCAGAUCUGGCAGCCAGAGCCUGAAUCAUUGGAUGUCCCGGCCCUGCCGUUUGUCACCACAUUUUGGGAAAGAAACUUGCCAUCCGUUGGGGGAUUACUCAAGUUCAUGGGCGUGUCCUCCUUCCUGGCUCUGGCCACAGCAGCAGGAGUGGUUGCCUACAAGAAGGGGCUCCUCCCACAGAGCUAAAGCCCCUCCCACUUUCACAACCUGUUCUCUGUGAGCUGGCCUUGUGAUUGUGAUGUUCAAUCAUGGUCUGUGGCCGAGUUACUUAGAUGAGAUUUGAUACACAAUUACUCAGUCAUUGUUAAAAAUUAACCAAGUGAUUAUUAUGGCUUAAUGAGUAGCUACAAAUUGUUAAUGUGGGAAUUGUCCUGUCAAAGAAUUCACAAACUAGCCAUAUUAAAUGAACCGAACGUGUGACAUUCCACAACCAUUCAUUGCGUGUGAGAGUGUGUGUGUUUUCCACCAGUCUUAUUUCAGGUGCUGUUCUCAGGAACUCGUUAAUUAACCUUUAGCCUUCUAGAUUAGCAUUUAGUCAUGCAUUUUAUUGUCCUCUAUAGCAGAGACUUUAAGAAUAUCUUCUCUACAUCACAACACAACACAGAAGCUGUAUUAGCUUCAGCACAAUUCAAUAUAUAAUUCAUGAGAGAAGCAGAGGCUGUUCAUAUCACACUCAUUCUCAGCAUACAAAUGACAGUUAGUACAGACUGGCUUUAUGUUUCUGGUAGUAUAAUGAAGUGAAAUCUAUCAGUCAUAGAGAGCUGAUUUGAAGGUUAUCCCAGUGUUUAAUGUCAUUUCUAAAAGCUACUGUAUGAUUGAAUCAUAUGAAAGCAUUUGAAUGUACUUUUACAUAUUAGAUUUUUUCAUGUAACAGACCAGUGUAUACUUGAAAUAUGAAUUUGUUUUUUGACAUGCAUUCAUUUCCAACCAUCCGUUGUUUAACAAUCCUCUAAUCCCAUAGUGUAUUAUUAGGAAAAAAAUGUUUAAUUUGUAGACAAAUAUAAAGGCUUUCCCAGUUU